UAAGUCCCUCAGCACUUGGACAUGUCCUGCGGUCCAGCACGUUCCUCACACUUCAUCCACCUGCACCGUAAGCAUGUUCCUCACUACGCUAGCAAUACUGUUCAAUGGCUUUUAUUGGGCCGCUGGGUUCUGCGUGACGGGAUGCUCAUGCACUGAAGACAACGCUGGGAGAUCUUUAUUAUGUAUGCAAAGUGCUUUGGAAUCAAUCCCUGAGAACCUUCCUGGAGAUUUGAUCAAAAUCAGAAUUGAGAAGUCCCACCUCACAGAAAUACCCCAGAGAGCUUUUUCCGCAGUCGGUGCCUUGGAGUCGCUGUGGCUGAACUUUAACACCAUCACUCUGAUCAACCUUAAGAGCCUUGAAGGCCUGUGGAACCUAACUGAGCUCCGUCUGGAGGGGAACAAUCUGAGAACGGUGCCGUGGACAGCCUUUCAGGAAACGCCCAAACUCAAAAUCUUGGAUCUGAAGCACAACCGUCUGGACGUGCUGCCGGAGUUCGCCUUACGCCACCUUCCCAUGCUGACCUAUUUAGAUUUAUCCUUCAAUCAGCUUACGGUGAUCUCCGCGGAUGUUUUUCUCAACUGGCCUCGCUAUCAGGUACAAAAUCCCAGCAGGAGGGAGGAGAGCGAUGCUAAUGCAGUAUUAGCGCUGCAUGGGAACCACUGGCUGUGCGACUGCCGACUCAAAGGCUUCGUGGACUUUGUUAAAUCCGUCAGUCCACCCAUCAUACUGAUGAACUCGUACCUGUCCUGUUCAGGUCCAAAAUCAAAAGACGGGAAGUUUUUUCAUGAGGUUGAACUCAGGAAUUGCUUGAAGCCAGAAAGUUCUACACCUGACGCUAACGUCACGGCUUCGCUUGGCUCCAAUGCGACGCUGAGGUGCCUCGUGAAAGCGAGGCCUGAUGCUGUGGUUCGAUGGAGCUACAGUCUAAAAGCCAUCAGAGGAUUCACAGUGUCUCAGUCUCAGGUGAACGACGAUACGAUCGUCUCGGCUUUAAUGAUCCCGUCAGUCCGCUCCUCUGAUCACGGCCUCUACAAAUGCAGUAGCAGCAACUUCAUAGGAAAUUCCUCGGUUAGCAUCCAGCUAAAUGCCCUGCACUCCAACACCUCAUUGGCGAUGCCCCCUGGCUUUUCUCUGCACUCUGUCAAUGAAAACAUUUACAUCGAUAUCCGAAUCUCCAAGCAGACGGUGUACGGAAUAACCAUCGAGUGGUACGCGGCGACGGAGAACCCUGCUGAAACAUGGUUCACUGUCCAUUUCGGUCACUACGAUUCUCCAAAAAAAGAGGCUCUGUACAUCGGCCCAGGUAUCAACAAGUACUCGGUGAACAAUCUCGAACCUGCUACAAAGUACGAGGUGUGCGUCUCGCUGAAGAACCAGCCUCCUCGUCCAGAGCAGUGUAUCGUAUUUGUGACUGGGAGCAGCACGAACGAAGUGGAGCAGCGUGAACGACUCAUUCACAUCAUUGUGAUCGUUUGCGCCAUGGUGCUUGCGGUUCCUGCUGGGAUGUUCGCCUGCACCACCAACACCAGAAGCAGCUGCUUGGAUCGCUGCACUCAGGUCUGCAGCAGAACUCGAGGAAAGAGAGACGCAAAAGACUCUCACGAGAACAACAGGCAGGGGACGUUCGACAGUCUUCAGGCAGCCAGUGACGAAGGACUCUACAGAGAUUCGGGUAAAGAGCGGAAGUGGAGAUGGCGCUCGGAGGAUAAAGGGCAGAGGGGCAACAGUGCACAGCUCUACUAACAAACACAAUGGAGAUAUCUGUGAAAACUUCCCCAAUGGGCAUGGCCUAAUAUUUUUAUGAGUAUUAGCAGUAUGCAUUGUGCAUCCCCAUCCAAUUAGCUUUGGUUUGCCAGUUUGCUAAACCUCCGUGGGGGUGGGGUUUGCAAAAUUCUUCCUUAUGAUUGGUCAAAAGGUUUGCAUGAUCGUAAUGGCAAAUAAGUCAUGCUAAAACACCCCCCCUCCCCCUUCAAAAAUGUAGAAAAUCCAUCUUUUGCUGUAGCUACAAUUUGUCCUGCAGUUCUCUGGAGGAAUUUAUAACACCUGAAAUUAACAUAAUAAACCUUUUAGAAUAUAAAAGGCCAUGCCCACAAGUGACAAAAGUAGCAAACCGAAAGAGACGAAUUUGAUAGAAAGAUGUCCUGUGAUUGGUUGAUGUAUUUGGCGGUAAAUGUUCCAGUGACUUUUUUCUUCUCAGAAAUGGUGGAUUUUAUAUGUUAAAAUAAAAAGUGUUGUGUGGAAUCAUGUGCCAUCGUGUUGUGUUAAAUAAACGUGAUGAAUCGCGGA